AUGUCCAGCCAGCCCGAAAGCGUCUACACGGUGGAAGCCAUAGCGCUCAACCAAUUGUUCUGGAAAGCUGCAAAACCCAACAUCCCCGCAUUCCUGCCCACUACCCUUUGGGUAGAAGCUUUUCUCGAACCCCUCGCUGGAAUUUUUUAUGUUAUCAGUGCACUUCCAGCAAUUCGAAAAGAAGGGCUUUGGUUUUUCAAAUUUGAGUCCGUAUGGAAUGUCCUGCGAGCGAUACCUCUGACUAAGUACGGGCUAGCGACGAUGAGGCAAACUAAUGGCGACUCCAGCGUGAAGUUCUUUACGCCCAGAACCAUCAAUCUUCUUUCGGGUUUCUUUUACAGUUUCCCUCUUAUUUUUGGCAGCGUUCCGAUUGGAAUGAUCACCAACGAGGUUUCAAAAAUCAACCAGACAAUCACCGAAUACAAGCACGGUUAUGCCAAUAUUAUCAGUGGCCAACUUGACAAUGAAUCGAUAGCAAGCUUGAAUACUAUAGCCGUAAAGCAGUUGAUGUACAUGACCCAUCACAGUGACAAAGUCAUCCUCCUCGCACGGGUAAUAGCAUUUGGCUACUUUUUCAACGGUCUCCUUUUACAACUUGUCAUGUCGUUUGGCUACUAUCGCAUUCUGAAGGCUGUUGGGUAUCAAAUCGACACUUUCCACAAUGUAUUAGAACAGCAACCCACCACCACAUUUGGCGAUGAAACCCCAAAGUACAAAUCAGAAUCCACUCCAGCUUCUAUCAACGUCAAUUCAACCAGUUCUGGUUCGACUCGGACUCAGGCAAAGCGAUUACACGGUCGAUGGAUAACUAUACAUCUUCCCACUUGGCUACCUUCUUUGCGUCCGGAUCCAGAUUUUCUAGGAAAGCCAGAACUAACUUCGACAAAUACUCAUCAUCACACACGUGAUUCACAGAAGUGGGAAAGCCUUAACCAAGAAAUGAUUCAUUCUCAAUACAAAUCCCUCAAAAGAUACAAAGUCAAUUUAAUUUGGCAGGCCUUCUGCAACGCACUCAUAUUAAUUUCCUUCUUGGGGCUAAAUGUUACGGUUUUCAGCAAUUUGUUACAGGUCCCUCUGCACCAUUCCCUCUCUGAUUUGAUUUGGUUUACAAUCACCUGGGCGAGCUGGUCGUGGGUUUUGACAGUAGGCCUGCCAUUUGGCAUUGUAGCAUGUGUCGUUGCUUUCUCGCCUCCAAUUACUGCUCUCAGAGAAAAUGAAGAGCGCGUGGAAGGAUAUGAUGAUUGA